AUGGAGAAUCUGCAAACAAAGGUUGAGGCAUCCUUGAAGAAAACUGAGAAGCUUCAAGAUGUGGCUCAUGGACAGGAACUCUCCAUCAAGAUACACGAAGUUGAGCACAUGGAACUACUCACAAAUAACUCGUUAGUAUUUGAUAAAUUUCGAACUAUGAUUAAGCAACAAGAGGAAACUAUCGGCACACUGAUAGCUGAAAAGGAUCAGCUCAUUAGCGAAUUGAAUGUGCAAAAGCAGAUAAAUAUUUAUGAAACGACAAGCUGUGAAGCUUAUGGCAAUGAUAUUCAGAGGAUACGUAUACCAGGCAGGGAUGCCUUUCCUGUCUGCUGUAAUUCAACAUUUGGGUCCAAUGAGGGUUGGACUGUAAUUCAACGAAGAACCGAUGGCACUCUGAACUUUGAUCGAAAAUGGGAUGAGUACAAGAAUGGAUUUGGCGACUUGCGAGGAGAACACUGGCUCGGUUUGGAGAAGGUGCAUCUGAUGACAAAGUUUCAGCCACACGAGCUUUACAUACAUAUGGAGAAUUAUCGCAACCAAACAUUCUUUGCGCGCUAUAGUAAUUUCUUAAUCGGAAAUGAGACACAAUCAUAUGAAUUUUUAAGCUUGGGUGAAUAUACGGGAAAUUUGGAAAAUGCAAUCGAGACUGGAACGAAUAUAAAAUUCUCAAUCCGUAAAUUUUAUGGUGGUUGGUGGUUUAGUGCAUGCGAGCGUUGGAAUAUGGUGGACGAGGUCUGCACGACCACUGAGAUUUGUGCAGAUGAUGAUUAG